UUGCCUCUCUAAAAACCUCUCAGACUCUAAUCAAAUCCUUUUACCAUUUUUUUUUUCAAAACUCUCAAACCUAAAGAAAAAAAUGGCGCGAAUUCUCUUCCGUCUUCUCGGAGAAUCCAACACUCCCUCUCCCGCGGCGGACACCUCCACCGUCUCUUUGAACUCCGACCUCGUCGUCAUCCUCGCCGCUCUCAUCUGCGCCUUGAUCUGCGUCCUCGGCCUCAUCGCGGUUUCUCGAUGCGUCUGGCUCCGCCGUCUCGCCACCGGCGCCAGAACCUCCUCCGGAUCUCCAGACGGCUCCGGCCAGUCUCCUCCGCAGCAGGCGGCGGCGGCGAACAAGGGACUGAAGAAGAAAGUGCUCCAGUCUCUCCCGAAGCUCACCUUCACGCCGGAAUCGCCGGAGUCGGAGAAGUUCGCCGAGUGCGCCAUCUGUCUGGCGGAAUUCGCCGCCGGCGACGAGCUCCGCGUUCUGCCGCAGUGCGGUCACGGAUUCCACUUGUCUUGCAUUGACACGUGGCUCGGGUCUCACUCCUCUUGCCCUUCCUGCCGUCAGAUCUUGGUGGUUGCCAGGUGUCAUAAGUGUGGCGGUUUGCCCGGUAGCUCUAGCUCUAGCUCCGGAUCCGAACCUGAGCCCGAACCUCAACCUGAAAUCGUGAUCCGAAUUAAGCAAGGAGAAGACGAUCCUAGCUCCUACCUGCCCUGAUUCGUUUGGUUUCCUUGUUCGUGCGUUAGAUAUCUUUAUAAUUUAAUGCAGAUUAGUGGAUAGUGUUUUACUCUCUUAAUGUGUACAUUUUUAUUGUAAUUUGUAAAUGUUGUAUGAAAUUGAUAUUUCGCUA